AUAAAAGACAUAGAUUGUUGUUGUUGAGGAAUGUUGAUCGAUUUGUUUGUUCAAUGCAUAAUUUUUAACUUUUAAUUUCACCUCAUUCCGGCGACGGCGGCACUAACGGUUUCACCUCAUUCCGGCGACGGCGGCACUAACGAUUUCACCUCAAUCCGUCGGCACUAACGAUUUCACACUGCGUAGGGCAACGAUUGAACCAAAAAUUGCACCACAACACAGUUCAUAUGUUGUUGACAACUUCAAUUCAAGCGAGUGAGUGAAAUGGGCGAGAUUUCAAGUUCAGGUUACAAGGAUUACGUCGCUGGCUUGCUCGCUGGAGUUUCCGCUGUAGCCACUGGUCACCCCUUUGAUACCGUUAAGGUGAAGCUGCAGAAGCACAACGCCGAACCACAUCUAGUUCAGUACAGAAAUGGAUUGCAUUGCACUGCUAGGAUAUUCAAGACUGAAGGAAUCAAAGGAUUUUAUAGAGGAGCAACGUCAUCUUUUGCUGGGAUGGCUUUGGAAGGAUCUCUCUUUUUUGGCAUUUAUUCCCAGACAAAACAGUACCUUCAGGGGGGCGUUCAAAACGGUGCGCCACGGCCUCAAGUGAUAAUACCAUCUGCAGCUCUUAGUGGUGCCAUCAAUAGUUUUGUGUUGGGUCCAACAGAACUGAUAAAGUGUAGGAUGCAGAUCCAAGGCCCUGACUCUUUAGUUCUGAUGUCGAGUAGAUACAGUAGUCCUCUUGAUUGUGCCACUAAAACUUUAAAAACUGAAGGGGUAAAAGGAAUUUUUCGUGGAAGUGUUACGACAUUGCUUAGAGAAUCUAUAGGGAAUGCUACUUUUUUCAGUGUAUAUGAAUAUACGCGUUAUCACAUGCAUUCACAUAUCAAACCCGCUUCAUCCAAUUAUGGCAACCUGAUUGAAAUGGGGAUCGGGGUUGUUACGGGUGGCGUUAGCGGCGUGGCUUUUUGGUUGGUAGCUAUGCCUAUCGACGUGGCAAAGACUCUAAUUCAGACAAAUCCUGAUAAAAACUGUCAGACAAAUCCGUUUAUGGUUUUGAGUUCUAUCUACAAGAGGACUGGUUUUAAGGGGUGCUAUACAGGUCUGGGCCCCACAUUAAGUCGGGCGUUUCCGGCUAAUGCAGCAACAAUUGUCACCUGGGAGCUAGCAAUGAAAAUGCUAGGCAUCAGGCAGGACUAAGAUAAUACAAUAAAGCUAGAACAAAGUUGGAUGAAGAGAGGAAUGUUUAUAAUGAAUUGCAUUUGAAGAUCUUCAAAUUUUGAUUUAUUUUUGUCUUAAUUAUUUUACAUGUGGACAGCAUUCAUUAUUGCAUUUGAAGCAGUUUGUUGCUGCUGAAUUUUGAUACUAGGGAGCUUGGUUAAGGAACUUGGAAGUUGGAACAAGAGGCUUUAUCAACGGUCACUUCUGCAUGUAUUUUUUUUGUCCGUCAUUCUUAUAGAUAGAUAAUUUCUUUUAGUGGACUGAAUUUAUUUUUAAUUCGUAUAUAUGAAUCACACAUUAUCUAAAAGACCACUCAUUAUCUGUUUCGGUUGUAAAACAUAUAUAAAUCAGUGAAAUUUUCUAGUAAAAUUCAAGGGUUUUAGGCUUUGAUUUAUAGCUGAUAGUGGGUAGCUGAUGACUUAUAGCUGAUAGUUGGUAACUGAUAGUGAUAGUUGAUAGCUGAUAGUUUAUAAUUGAUAGUCGGUAGCUGAUGACUUAUGGCUGAUAGUUGGUAGCUGAUAGUUUAUAACUGAUGAUUGAUAGCUGACAAGUUAAUUUGAGUAUUUGAUAAAUUACCUGUUACACUAGUUGAUAGAUACAAAAUGAUAUAAAAGGAUAUUUUUAAUUAAAAAUUGGUGGUUCAUUAUCUUA